GUUUAAACUGUGUAACACACGCAGCCCUACAUAAGCCUGCCUACCUACCUACAUGUAGCUGCCUAGGCUAGUAGGUACCGGCAGCAUGGGAGGUCACUGCCCUGUGGUCAAUCAAGGGCUGCUCCAGGGCUAUUAGGUAGGUACCUGCCUAGUAGGUACAUAUGCAUGCAGGUGAUACUUGUGCAGCGCCUGUUGGCUCAGCUUGGCUUUCUUUGUUUGUCUUUCUUUCUCUAAAUUUCGGAGACUGAAACUGAACCUACUUAUUAUCUAUUCUACCUCCUCAGGUACAAAUGGUAGUUUGGACAUCGGUUGCGGUCCUUCUCGGGGCUGCAUGGAUUACUAAAUCGCCAGCUCAACCACAAUGUCGUUGCUUUCCCGGUGAUAGCUGCUGGCCAUCUUCGGCAGAGUGGGAUUCUUUUAAUAAGACUCUAGGAGGCAAACUCAUAGCGACAGUACCGAUUGCUAGUCCAUGCCACGACGGCUUUCCCGGAGUUAGCUACGAUGCUGACAAGUGUGCCCAAAUCCAGGCAAACUGGGCACGUCCUGAGCUUCACGAUCAAACUACUCAUUCGCCCAUGGCUGCUUUCUUCGCUAAUCUGAGUUGUGACCCAUUCACACCCCGCGAUGCCCAGUGUACCAUAGGUGCUUAUGUACCUUAUGCCGUUAAUGCUUCAAGCGCGGAGGACUAUCGCCGAACCGCUGCUUUUGCAACCACUCACAACAUACGUCUAGUAAUUAGGAACACGGGGCACGACUAUAUGGGCAAGUCGACAGGUGCCGGUGCACUCGCUCUAUGGACCCACAACAUUAAGGAUAGAUCCAUCUUAGACUAUGAAUCCGCGGCUUAUACCGGGAAAGCGAUGAAGAUCGGUGCCGGUGUACAGGCUUCUGAAGCACAGGAGACCGCUAACGCUCAAGGUCUCGUCGUUGUUGAAGGGGAUUGCCCGACGGUGGGUAUCGCAGGUGGCUACAUACAAGGAGGCGGCACCAGCCCCCUAGCCUCUAAGUUCGGGCUAGCAGUUGACCAAGUUCUUGAGUGGGAAGUGGUUACCGCGGCGGGAAAUCUCCUAAGAGCAGCUCCAGAUCAGAACCCAGACUUAUACUGGGCUCUUGCAGGUGGUGGCGGUGGUGCAUAUGGCAUGGUGCUCUCUGUAACGGUGAAGCUCCAUCCGAACAUGCCAACUGCUGGUGCUACUCUUUCCUUCACAGAAUCAUCAGAUAAAUAUUGGGAUAUUAUACAGACCUUCUUAUCAAAGCUGCCGGCUAUCGUGGAAGCGGGUGCUACCGUUUACUGGCAAGCCAUACCGGGAAAUUUAUUUCUAAUGCCGCAAUCGUAUUUUCCGAAUGGGACUGCCCAAGAUCUCGAACUAUUGCUAAAGCCCACAUUAGAGGCACUUAACCAAAGUCAGAUUCCUUACAAAUUCUCCUCCCAGGAAUAUCCAACGUUCCAGGAUAGUUUUCACGCCAUGAACCCGGAAAUGAACAUCUCGGAGGUCAACCUCGGGGGUCGCAUCAUCCCCCGUUCACUAGUGGCGUCUGAGAAUGCAGCCGCAUCCUUAUCCGGUGCCAUUAAGUCUAUCACCGACAACGGGAGUGUCUUGGCUGGCGUUUCCAUGGACGUUAGCCGACAGCCUACCUCCCCCAAUUCAGCCAACCCUGUGUGGAGAGAAUCAUUGUUUCUGGCGUUUCUUGGCACGAUGUAUGAUCGGGUAAACAUGACAGCGAACCUCGUCGGACAACAUACCGUCACCAAUGUACUAGACCCCGCCUUGGAGAAACUAACACCAGGUGGAGGGGCCUACUUGAACGAGGCCGAUUUUAACCAACCCAACUGGCAGGAAGUCUUCUAUGGCCAAAACUAUCCUAAGCUUUUAGCGAUUAAGAAGAAGUAUGACCCAAAUGGCAUCUUCUGGGGCCCGACAGUUGUUGGAAGCGAGGCGUGGAAGGAAGCCGCAGAUGGACGUCUCUGUAUGACAGCCAAAUAGACCCCUUUUUUGCCAUCCCCGGGAAGGUACCAAAAGUCUUGGGAUAUAUCAUCAUAUCUCUUGGAUAAGGGGCAAUUCAUUUUCGAUAUGUUGUAUUUCUGGAUUUUUACAUACGAAAGUAGGUACCUAGUAGAUAGUUAAUGGAUAUGUUGUCGUGAU